AACAUCGACAGAGAAGAAGAGUGAAAAAGCGGUUGUAUUUGCUAAGCUAAUAGAGAAGGAUUUUUUGUUAAUAAAUCAUGGCUGCUGUGCUCCCUGUUAGACCGCCGUGUGAUAGCAAUCCCGCCACACCUGGAGCUCAGUCCGUUAAGGAGGAUAUCAUUGAAGAAGUGUCCAACGAUGGAAGCCAGCCUCUUAAGAGAAGGAGAAUGGGAUCAGGCGACAGUUCUCGAAGCUGUGACACAUCCAGCCAAGAACUCGGUCUGACAUAUUUCCCAGCCGAGAACUUGACCGAGUACAAGUGGCCCCCAGAUGACACUGGAGAGUACUACAUGUUGCAGGAACAGGUCAGCGAGUACCUGGGAGUCACAUCAUUCAAAAGAAAGUAUCCAGACAUGGAGAGGCGGGAUUUAUCUCACAAGGAAAAGCUUUAUCUACGAGAGCAAAACGUCAUCACAGAGACACAAUGCACCCUGGGGCUGACAGCUCUGCGCAGCGACGAGGUGAUAGAUCUGAUGAUAAAGGAGUACCCCAUAAAACACUCGGAGUACUCCGUCAUACUGCAAGAGCGGGAGCGCCUGAGAAUAGCCAAAGAGUAUUCUCAGAUGCAGCAGCAAAAUCCUCAGAAGGUGGAGGCCAGCAAGGUCCCAGAGUACAUCAAGAAGGCAGCUAAGAAGGCAGCUGAGUUCAACAGCAACUUCAACAGAGAGCGCAUGGAAGAGAGGAGAGCAUAUUUUGACCUGCAGACGCAUAUCAUCCAGGUUCCCCAGGGCAGGUUCAAGGUUCUUGCUCCAGAGCUAACCAAAACCGGGCCCUACCCAGUAGCUCUCAUUCCUGGUCAGUUCCAGGAUUACUACAAAAGGUACUCGCCAAAUGAACUCCGGUACCUUCCACUGAACACAGCUCUGUUUGAGCCUCCACUGGACCCAGAGCUCCCUGCACUGGACUCAGAACCAGACUCUGAUGACGACGAGAAGAAAAACAAGAACUCGUCGGACAGUUCUUCAGGCAACACUUCCGAUGUGGAGAGUCAGGAGGGCGGAGGCGCGCAGAGCCACAAGUCCAAGGUUAAAGACCGGACGUCCACACCCGCCAAAGACCGCCACUCUUCUUCCCACAAAGCCACUCCCGGGUAUAAGCCUAAGGUCAUUCCCAAUGCUAUAUGUGGCAUUUGCCAGAAGGGUAAAGAAUCCAACAGGAGAGGGAAACCAGAGGCUCUGAUUCACUGCUCCCAGUGCGACAACAGUGGCCACCCGUCCUGCCUGGACAUGAGCCAGGAGCUGGUCAGUGUGAUCCAGACGUACCGCUGGCAGUGCAUGGAGUGCAAGACCUGCACCGUGUGCCAGCAGCCGCACCAUGAGGACGAGAUGAUGUUCUGCGACAAAUGUGACCGCGGGUACCACACCUUCUGCGUAGGCAUGGACUCCAUACCGACGGGUCUCUGGGUGUGUGAGGUGUGCGACAAAGACUUCAACACACCCAAAAAGGGAGGAGCCAAAACACCAAAGAAGCCCAAGUCAGCUCAGAAGUGAUCCCCAAACAAACAGUUCUCUAUCUAUUCCACAAGGAUUAGUCUGAUCUACAGCAACAUUAUGACCACCUGCUUAGCUUGGUGAAGGUUCUCCACCUGAAUUCUUAGUAAUAGACAAAGAAAAAUGUAAGCUGGCAACAAUGACUGAAACAAUGGUACCUUUUCUUAAGAACUGUCUGACCAUUUGUCCACACCAUGUAAAGGGCAAUGGAAUGAUUUCAGAGGGAAUUAAAUAUAAACUUGACUUUUUCAGAUUAUUUGUAGGGCACUGAAAUAUUAUCUGAGAUGCUACCUCUGAUAAGUGUUUGAUCAAGAUUGUGAGCACACAGUUACCCUGCUUUUUAAUGUUAAUAAUCCAGCCAUAUUUACCAUGACAGUACGUCACAACAAAUAAUUCUGCUGUGGAUUGUUCACUUGGCAGCUUCCUCUGCAGUUCUCUCAUUUUGAGUCAACACUUCUGUGAACGUGUGGUGCUUACAUCUACUUACUGGGAAAACUGUUGUUUUUCGUUGUUUUUCUGUGCUGGUUUUAAUUUGUUUUAGAAGAGCAUCUGCUGGAUGCUCAUGUUGUGUUCCCCGGCACAUAUUUUGCUUGAAAAACUGUCAUGAAUUUUCAGUCAAAAGAAUUUCAGGUCAAAGUCACUGAAGUUGAAUUGUUUGUACAUUUUCUAAUAAAAUCAUUUGACAAAUGCAUCCUCUCUCACAUCUUCU